AUGGGACAGUCGGCUUCUACGCCACGAGAACCACCUGACACUGGUUAUUCGGACUACCUCACGACGCUCUUAGGUCGGGACUCUAGUACGAGGGAUGAAGAUAUGAACAACAGGCAAAUCACCGAGCAAAACGGAGAGGCUAGCUCCUCGUCCGGGAUGGGAUCACACCCGCACACUGGUCAGGAUGCGUCAUCGAUCCAGCUAAACGAGCUUCCCGAAUCCUGGCAACAGCCCACGCGGCACUCUGGCGGAUUCUCACAACAGAUGCGAAGUAUCGAAGAAGAAGAGGGCCCAGAAUAUGAACCAAGCCCACGGGAAUACCGGUCCGCAGCGAUUGCUCGGAUGGCGGCAAGAAGACAAUCUACCAUGUCACGGUUAGGGUCCAGAAUUCUGCCCAAUUCGGUCAUUCGCGGUCUCCUCAGCAGCCAAGAGGAGACGCCGGCAGAAGGCCACGCCCACAGGCAUGGACUGGUAUCAAGGACACCUCCCCGGUCUGAAAGUGCUCACAGCAGUGGUCGGUUCAGCCCCUUCAGUGCCCUUGGGUCAACAGGUGUCACCCGCCGCCGGACCACUCGGGGGCCUUAUUUCAUCCCGCAACGUGCCGCCUCGUCCGCGAUGUCUGAUGGAGCCGCAAGUUCCUCACUUCUUGAUUCUUCCGCCGAACGGAUUCCUGAGUCCAGUCGGGCCUCUUGGCGUCGUGCCCGUCUACAGCGUAUGCGCCAUUCGCUGUCAACCCCCAUAUCUCAAAUGUUUGGGCAGCCUGCGCCGGACAUCUCUUCAUCUCAUGAAGGCCCUGCACACCUAUCGGGAAGCCCGCCAUUCAGCGACAGCCUCCCAGGUGCUAUGGAUACUCGCCUAGAUUUUGGAGAGCCCUUACAUGAAUUAGAUUCGGUCGAGCCUGGAAUAGAACUAGACAGUCCACUUUCCGCUCACCAGCCAAAUACUGAGCCGAUGGGAUCACGCGGACUCCCUGGACUCCUUAGGACACGGGCUGCCAGAGCAAUGCGGCGAGAAGAACAAACACCUCUUUCUCGAGUCCUUCAGCUUGCUGCAGCCGCAAUCGCAGCUCAACUCUCUGGUACCACCGGUCCUGCCCUACCAAAUAUUCAAGCUUUGGGUAACGAGGGUCUGGAUGGUUCACUGGAGAACUUUAUUCAGAGCUUACAACAUGCCACAACGGCCCCAGCGCAACCACCGCAACCAGGCGAAGGACCAAGCAAUCCUGGAACCGAGGCGCCGACGGCUCCAGUCAAUUUCUUGCGCGUUUUCCGGUUUGCCAAUUCGGAUUCUCCCCUUGGUCCCAGCCCGUUGGAGAGAAGCACAAAUGGCUCUGCGAAUCAAGGUCCUCAGUCUGACGGAAUGCCCGUCGACGAAGCCGCUGAGGGGGCCGAGGGUCGGACGGUCACGCUGGUUGUCGUGGGUGUCCGAUCAGUACCGGCGGGUAAUGGAAGCAAUAGCGAACAAGGGCCGCCCGGCCCUGGAGGCCCAGGUCUGGAUGCUUUGCUUGGCCUGCCAUUCCUGCCACCCAAUGCUAUCCCCCGCCCCCCAGAAGGAUCCGGUGAUCUCGCCCAGCGAGCCGAUGCGCGAUCCAGACUGCAUGCCGCUCGUCAAGGCGGACCUGCUGGCCUAGCUCCGGAGUUGCUGCGCCAACCUGGCCAAAAUCCGCCACGAAGAAUGUCUGAUGCGGGACCCCGCCUUACUUAUCCAUCAUAUCCUCCUUCUGCCUUGUCCGAAAGCCCCCCUGGGCCCCAUCCCCCUCCCUCAACACCCGCUGAGCCGGGCAUGUCAGCCGUCUCCUCCGGUACCUCGACACCGAGCCGUAGACCAUCCUCGGCCUCGGCCAUGCCUCCGAGCGUCUUACCUCACCUCCACGGAGGUCAAUCUUCGCAGCCCCCUGUCGAGCCUUCAGAAUACUCUGUCCCGCCUAGUGCUGCAAGGCAGCGACGACGAAGCGAUUCGGAAUUUGCUCGGCACCGUGCACUUGGCUCAGGUUCCGUUCGUCGCAACGGCGUGGUUGAACCCGAUCAAGCUCCCCCAGGUGGAGGUAGAAGCUGGUUGAUCUACGUCGUUGGAACCAAUUUGUCGGAAAACCACCCGGCUUUGACGACGCCGAGUCUCUUCACCGAUAACCCUACGUACGAGGACAUGAUCUUGCUGUCGUCCCUCCUGGGUCCAGCCAAGCCCCCAGUGGCCACUCAAGACGACGUUAAUUCCGCAGGCGGACUAUUCCGACUUGUUGAGUACGCCGGCUCGCUGGUCGCGGAAUCCGUCGAUGGCGCAGGCGCCAUCCAAAUCCAGGAUGGAGAGCGUUGUCUGAUCUGCUUGAGCGACUAUGAAGUGGCCGAGGAAGUGCGGGAGUUGGCUAAAUGCAAGCAUGUCUUCCACAGGGAUUGUAUUGACCAGGUUCGUCCCAUCCUUGCCUCUUAUCUUACAAUAGCCAUACGUACUAACGGAACACAACAGUGGCUGACCACUGGCCGAAACUCCUGCCCUCUUUGCCGAGGCCAGGGCGUUAAAGAGACGUCCAAUAACGAGGGCCCAGCGGCGCCUGAGCCUGCUGCCGCCCCUGUCCCUGAAGGCAUGGCCAUUUAA